AUGACUGCGAGGUCGAAGUCUCUAUCUAAAGGCGCUGCUUCCGCGGUGCUGCACACGUGGGUGGCUGCCUGCAGCAGCAGCAGCAGCAGCAGCAGCAGCACCGUGGCUGGAACUGCAUGGGAGUGCUUGGGGAAAAGGCCCUGGGUGACAGGCCUCUCACCGCCCGCGCAGCCGCUGCGUGCAGGCAGCAACGGCAGCAGCAGCUGCAGCAGGCGAAGUGCGCCUCGUGAGCAGCAGCAGCAGCAGCAGGAAGUGCCACCAGUCGUGCGGGGGGCCCCCGAGGGGCCCCCAGGGGGACCCUCGCUGCGGGUCGCUUACAGGGUCUUUGAUCUUGGAGGGCCCCGUGAUGAGGGAGCAGCUCUUGCCUUUGCUGCGCAGCACCCCGUAGACUUCUGUGGCCAGCAGCCGCAGGGGUCCCACGUAGCAGCCGCGGGGGGCCCCCGCGAGGGCCCCCAGGGCACCGUGGGUCUUGCCGCUGUUGGGGGGCCCCAGCGACAAGUGCACGCGGCGGCGCUGCUGCCGCGCUGCAGCAAACCAACCCUCGGGGGCCCUCAGGUCCUGGCGCAAGGCGGGGCGCACACACGCCCAGGCGACAAUGCACUGCUGCUGCUGCUGCAGCAGCAGGGGCAGCAGCAGAGGCAGCAGCAGCAGCAGGAGCAGGAGCAGCAGCGGGAGCGGCAGCAGGAGCAGCAGCAGAAGCAACGGCAGCAACAGCAGCAGCAACAGCAGCAGCAGCAGCAGCCCGCAGCUGCAGCG